AUGGCCGCCCCGACGAAUCUGCUCGCUGGCAAGACUGCCAUCAUCACAGGCGGCACCACCGGUAUCGGGAAAGCCAUUGCUCUCGAGUACAUCAAGCAGGGGGCCAACGUCGUCGUGAACCACCUGGGCCUUGACAAGGACCAACCCCACCUCGAUGCUCUUAUCGCCGACGCUGUGGCCGCGAAGCAAGCGAAUCCCAACGCCGGCCGUUUGGCCGACCAGAUUGGUGACGUUCGCGAGCCUGAGACUGCUGCCAAGCUGGUUGCGCGCGCCGUCGAGCACUCGGGCAAUGGACGUCUGGAUAUCUGUGUUUCCAACGCCGGCAUCUGCACAUUUGCCGAGUUCCUCGAGCUGACCCCGGACCUCUUCACCAAGACGGUUCGCACCAACCUUGACGGCGCCUUCUACGUCGUCCAGGCCGCUGCUCGCCAGAUGAGCCAGCAGUCGCCAGCGGGCGGUAGCAUUAUCGGAAUCUCGUCCAUUUCCGCCCUGGUCGGCGGUGGUCAGCAAACCCAUUACACUCCCACCAAGGCUGGUGUCCUCAGUCUGAUGCAGAGCACCGCCGUCGCCCUGGGCAAGUACAAGAUCCGCUGCAAUGCGCUGCUUCCCGGAACCAUUAAGACACAGCUCAACGAGGAGGACCUAGCGGAUGAUGCAAAGCGUGCCUAUACGGAGGGCCGCAUUCCUCUUGGCCGUACUGGUGUGCCGUCCGACCUCGCCGGACCCGCUGUCUUCCUUGCCUGCGAGUACCUUAGUGGUUACGUGACAGGCGCGCAACUGUUGGUCGACGGUGGCCUCUUCGUCAACCUCCAAUAA